CUUUCGCAAUCUGCAAUACUAUGGCAUGCCUUCUUGCGCUUCUGCGGGAUUUCUCAGCGGCAUCCUUUGGAGAGGCACUGGGAAAGAUAAAGAUGGGUUGAAAUAUGGGUAGCUAUGGGAAGGCUGUCGUCUCGACCGCUUUGUUCUAGUUCUUCGUCUGCUGGGGCGAUUCUUCGACUCUUCUUCCGAGGAAUCAUUUGAGUAUAAGCUUUCGGGAUGUCGAAGGAGCAAGAGAACCUUGGGCUAGAUACAUCGGAGAAUCGAAUCCGGGUUUCAGAUGCUGCCAAGAGCGAGGAGGACGAUACGAAGCUUGCUUCGGAGCUGGAAGGCGGAGUCGAUACAGGUAUCAUCUCAGCGUCAAGCGCACACGGACAUAUACAAGACGAAGCGAACCCAUUCUUCAUUCGCAACUUACAAUACACGAAAGCGGAGGAAGCGAAAGUCAUCCGUAUACUCGACACGCGUCUCUUUCCGUGGAUCUUGUUGACGACAUUCGUGCUUAAUAUGGACCGGACGAACAACUCGAACGCGAUUUCAGAUAACUUGCCUCAGGAUCUUGGGUUUACGAUUGAUGUGGUGAAUACUGCGACGGCAAUUUAUGCUGUGUUGUUUUCUGUUGCGUGUUUGUCUGGGGCGGUUAUUGCGAAGCUUGCUGGACCGUCGCGAUGGAUCCCUAUUCUUAUGUUUUCGUGGGGACUCGUCACUCUCGCACAUGCGCUGAUAGAAAACAAGUCUGGGUAUCUAACCGUCAUUGCCAUCACCGAGGGUGGAGUAAUUCCAGCAACUUUAGUUUACUUAGGUGGUUUCUACAAAGGAACUGAAUUGGCGACGAGGCUUGCCUGGUUCUGGGGUGUCCAGAAUAUAGCAAGUGCUAUCAGCGGAUUGAUGGCUAGCGGACUGCUUCAAUUGCGUGGUGUUGCAGGUCUUGAAGGCUGGAAGUGGUUGUUCAUCGUCGACGGGAUUAUAACUCUUUUUGUAGCGGUUCUGACAUGGUUCUAUCUUCCGCGGAAUGCUGCGAGGACUAAAGGCGGCAUCCGAGGAUUCAAGUCCUGGUUUGACGAGAGACAAGUACAGAUUGCGGUUACGAGAGUCGUUAGAGAUGAUCCUGCCAAGAGGAUUUAUGAAUCUACAGUAAAUUGGCCAGAUGUAAAAGACGCUGUUACUGAUAUUGGUCUCUGGGGACAUUUGAUUCUGACAUCAAUUGGACUAACACCGACUACGCCGCUGCAAACCUAUCUACCCACCGUAAUCAAGUCGUUCGACUUCAACGUGUUUGUUGCAAAUGCACUUACGGCCCCGCCAUAUCUCUUGACGUGUAUAACCUCGGUGGUUGUGAUAUGGCAUUCUGAUCGCGUCCGCGAGCGAGGAUGGCAUGGCGCUUUCUCCGCCGGAUGGCAAUUAGUUGGCUGGAUACUCCUACGUACUCUUCCGAGCAGCACAAGUAGAGGCGUCAAGUACUUAGCGGCAUGUGUAGUCCAAUCCUGGCCUUAUUCUCACCCAUUGAACAUCGCUUGGAUGUCUGAGAACACGGGCAGUGUCGGCAAGCGGACUAUCGCAUCUGGCGCUGUCAUUGGCUUUGCAAACAUAUAUGCAACGUGGGCUAGUCAGAUCUACCGAGCAGACGAUAGUCCAGACUUCAGACGAGGGAACACGAUUAAUAUUGCCUUCGCGGGAGCAGCCACGUUACUUUGGCUCGUUAUCAAAGUUUAUUACAAGAUUCAGAAUGCACGGAGGGCGAGGCGUCUCGCGGGGAUGUCUGACUCGGAACGUGAACAGGAGGAGUUGGAGGCAGAAAGCAAGGGCAAUAGAAGUGUACUGUUUCGAUUUACGACCUAAUAACU